AUCCGUUGUUUACAAACAUUCGCUUCCCUCGAAAGUUUAUUUGUAAAAUUAGUUUUAUUUGACGCAUUUCCACCGUAAAGGAUGUCGGUGCAGAGAGAGCGUUACGAUUGCUCAGCUCUCCCUAAAGGAUGGAAAAGGGAGGAAGUGCUCAGGAAAACUGGAUUAACGUCUGGGAAAAUGGAUGUUUAUUAUUACAGCCCAAGUGGAAAGAAGUUUCGCAGUAAGCCUCAACUAGCCCGCUAUCUAGGUGACUCUGUAGAUCUCUCUUCAUUUGACUUUAGAACUGGAAAAGUAAAUCCUGUUCUCCUUAGAAAAAAUAAGAAGCCUCGAGGAACUUUGUUUGACUACAGCCGUGGCAUGCGAAAUGAUGCUUCACUGGUUCCUCCCAUCCGACAGACAGCAUCUAUUUUCAAGCAGCCAGUCACUGUCAUAAAGACCCAGCCAUCCAGUAAGGUAAAAUUGGAGAUUAAACAUGGCCUGCAAGAAAAACCUAAACAGUUGUUUUGGGAGAAACGACUACAAGGUCUACAGGCAUUUGAUGCCCAGACAGAAGUCAUGCGUCAUGUUGACCUGCCUGCUGCUCUCAAGGCUGUGGGACCAAAUGUCGAAGACCAGACCGUAUUGCAGAGUUUGGCCACAGCAUUGCAUCUUUCACCUGGUCCCAUUACUGGGGCCAGAACAGAAGCCAAACAGUACCUGGAGAAGAACCCUGGGGUCUUUGUCAACCCCAAUCAACCUCUUGUAGCUGCUGUGCAGAUUCAAGAUAAGGACAUAACACAGCAGGAAGAGCGUGUUGAUUUUGCCAGGCAACAGUUGCAGGAGGCUUUGAAGGGGCUAGAACCAUAAAGUCUUUAUUACCAUAUCCUUCUAGGCUAGUUGUCUUUAUCAUGUGCAAAUAUUGUAGUUGGGAAUUGUGAUGGAAGUACCUUACUGUUCAAAUACAUAAUACUUCUCAGAUAUCUAGCCAGUGAUAUACUUCUAUAAUACAUAAACUAGUAUGACCAUGGCUCAC